AUGCAGCAGCCCCACGAGCAGAUCGACGAGCCGCCCGCGGAGCCGGAGCCCGAGGCCGAGGCCGAGGCCGAGGAGCCCGAGGCGACGCCCCAGGGCGUGCCGCCGCCGCCGGCCAAGAAGCAGAAGACGGCGCCCGCGAAGAUCGUGAUCGUGACGCCGGACCUCGAGGCCAUCAUCAACGACGGCCAGCGCAAGCUCGCGCGCAAGAUCGCGCAGCACCCGCUCUCGACCGGCGCGGGCGCGGGCAUGAUCGUCGCCGCCCUCGACAUCUGCGACCACACGUUGUCCAGCGUCGACAUCAUCGCCGGCGCCAUGGUCAAGAUCACGAACUCGAUCGCCACGGCCGAGGCCAUGGACCGCAAGCUCACGGCCGAGAAGAACAUCACGCUCGAGGGCGAGGUCAAGCACGCGAACCUCCAGAAGCAGCUGCUGAACGCGCGCGUCGCGCUCGCGCGCCUCGAGAAGCUGCGCCCCGCGCAGACGAGCGCGUGGCUCGCGCGCCUCGGCGAGAUGUCGCCGUCGCAGCUCAUCUUCGACCUCGCGAACAAGAGCGAGCAGCAGCUCCUCGGGCUGCAGACGUACAAGGGCCCCGAGGCCGACAUCCUCGGCGGCAGCCUCGGCGGCGGCGGCGGCUCCUCCGGCGGCGGCUCCUCCGGCGGCGGCGACGGCCCCUUCGACGCCAAGAUCGAGAACAAGGAGACGUUCAAGCGGGCGACGCGGAAGAUCAAGAAGCCCGACGGCGAGCACAUCACCGAGGACCUCCAGGCCGCCGCCAACCCGCGCCAGGAGUAG